AGUUGUAUUUUUAGUAUAUGAGCCAUUUACACGUGAAUUAGUGACUUUGUGAGUGUACCACAGCAAAGAAAAUGAUUGUUUUUCUGUUUGUUAUCUCAAGUAUACAUGUAGCAACCUGCAGCGAAUCAUCAAAACUGGUGGUUGGACGGGUUGGGGAAACAGUUACUCUUCCAUGUAAAUACGACAUCAAUGCCAAUGGCCUAUUGAGCAUUUGUUGGGGACGACAUCAGUCAGCGUUCAGCUGUGAGAACACUGUUAUCUCCUCCGAUGGCUUGCAAGUGAACUACAGAGAGUCCCAUAGAUUCAGCUUGGCCAGUGGACUCGACCGAGGGGAUGUUUCACUUACCAUAAGGGCUGCUCAAAACAGGGAUGCUGGGAUGUACGUGUGCCGUAUCGAGAUCCCUGGGCUUUUCAAUGACAUUAGUUACAAUGUUUAUCUGUUCAUCAGCAAUGGACUGGAUCCAAACAGAGUCAUCGCAGAAACCCAGCUAGUCCCUACAACAGUAAAGCAGGAAAAGCAAGUCUACUAUGUAUCAGAGCCAACCACACUCAUUACUGAGUUUUAUGUCAUAUCAGAAACGAAAACUGCAGAUGUUACUGACAUCUACAUAGAUGAACCCAGUGCAGUGGUCCAUACUGAGGAAACAAUGGAAACAUUUGUCUUAAACACUGUAAAAGUGGGGGCCAUUGUCUUCAUCCCAGGUUUAAUCGUCGCACUUCUGUUCAGACUGCGGCGCUCAAGAAAACGCACCAGCAGCAGGGGAAGUUAAAAUCUGUCAGGUCCCCCCAACCCUAACAACCACACUUGAAUAUGGUGUGAUAAUCAGAUUCUAGGUCACUAUGACUGUAAAUGACACCACAUGUAUGUGGUGAUGUGGACUUUUUGUUCUCAGGGCCUAAUAUUUAUAUUAUAUAAGCCUAAUAAUUGAUUGAUUAUUAACGUAAAUCUGAGAUAACUUAUUUACAUUAUAGGCUAUUGUUGUUGUUUUACUUUUUCACUGUAAUAUGUUUGUAGCCUGUAUCUUCAUUUGCCAAGUCUUUUUGUAAAAAGCUUACAUAAUCUAACUCUAAUCAUAUGUCAUGCAUCUCUUACUCAGAAAUCAAUUACUGAAUGUUUCUUUGUCCAAACUUCACGUGGGCUUAAAGUUUUGUAACCGUUUGUUUGGAAACGAAAUCUAUUUUAUCACACAUCAGCAUGGUACAUUAGCGGCCUCUAGUGUUCAUCAAACACUGAAGUCUAAAAGUUACAACGAUGUACAAACACUUAAAUAUUAAUAAAAAACAAAUAUGUACAACCUCGCAUGUGA